AUGCACAUGGAGUUUGCAGAACUCGAGACGCUGUGCAUCCUGGGCCUCCAAGUCGUCACGGCGGCCGCUUUGGGUGCGGCCUUGGUGCACUCCAUGUGGAACCGCCAGCUCCCAGAAGUGGUGUACCAGCUACAGCAUGGCUUCUGCAACCUCCGAGCCCGCCUCAAGCAGCCAAACAAGCCGCUGCCUGGCAACGCCCGCGUUGAAGCGAAGUUUCUUGAGACUUUGUGCCGGCUUAUGACCAACGGCUGCAGGGUCGUAGUGGUGGCUCUCUUUCUGAGGCUGCUGGCGAUUCAGGGCCCGCUAAUGAACAAUGAACGCCAUCAGCUCCAACCAUCUCUGGACCUCUCCAACAUCAUCUCCUAUCCCAUCGUGCUAUUUUUGGUUUUCUUCAACGCAAAGGUUAUUUCAGGCCGGACCCUCGAUGCGUGGUAUGUCCUGCUGCAAGUGCUUUGCGUCCUCCCCUUGCUUUCGACUGCGCCGGAGGAUGUCACCAGCGUCUCUCUCAUCACUUUGCUGCCUCGGGUUCUGUUGGGCUUAAUCUCGAGGCAUGCAUUUCUUUCCGUCUUGGGCAACGUGGUGCACUGGUUUCUGGCUGUUAGGCAGGUAGGGUUUCAGCUGCAGAGUGAUACCGUCCUCGCACAGUCAGCAGAGCUCCUUCUCCUUUUCUCCGCCACAUUCUCCAUCCGCCACGCUCUGUAUGAAAUUGUAAGGAUGAGUUUUGAGCUGAGCACAAGGACCAUUGAGCUCUCAGCAGUUUCUGGAUUGCUUCUCGGAUACUGUGACGCGGUGGUGGAAGUUGACAAAGACCUGAGGCUCACGGACGACUCACGGCAGUUUUCCACAUUGCUUCUGCAUGGGCAUGGCAUGUCUGCUGGGAGUCUGGCCAACAACGAUUUUCUCAGCUUCUUCCACCCUGACGACCGCGAACAUAUCCGGGUAUCACUGGAUUCGGAAACAGAUAGCAGCACCAGCACACAGCCCCUGGCGCUGAAUGCUCGCAUGCAGGACUGCUUGGGAAACUUUGUGAAAGUGGAGAUCUUGCACACCUCUUUCCAAAAUGCCGAUGGCCAGAAGUGCCGCCUUGUCGGGAUGCGCGAGUUCCAAGACUUCAACUCUGUGGCUUUGCCUUUGCCAACAGACCCAGCCGCAGUGCGCUUGCCCCUGGCCCCCGUCGCCGAUACUUCGGCUCCUCCCGAGGACACAUGCUCCGUGGUGUUUGAUGCCACAUCAUUCGACAUCCUCUCCCUGUCCGGGCCCUUCAAGAAACUUUGCCUGGAGCACGGGGCCGACGACAUCUCCGAGGGCAUGAGCAUCUUCGACUUGUCUACAGGCAACGAUCCUACUUCUCUUGCCGGCUACAUCCAGACUGCUGUCAACGGGCUCGAGCCAGAGAAGAUGGAAGGUGACUUGCUGGUCAUUCGCGAUCUGCAGCUCUUUGGAACGUGCAAAGUUGAGGCGACACUUCAGUUUCAGACGGACAAGAUGCUGGAUGCCAUCAUCGGCAGCUUGUGCAUCAACCCGGCCCCUACGCCGACAAUGACGCUCACCGCUAAGAAUCUGGCAAAGCUAACUGGACAUCGGCAGCGUUGCAGCUCGAAGGGAAGUCGUAGCUCGAAGAGCACGCGCAGUUCCCGUCGCCGCUUGAGUGGUGAGAGCGGCGAGCACGUUCGGCAGGGCAGCAUUUUCGAUCUCCGGAAGCAAGUGACAGCUUUAUAG